AUGAUCCACAGACCGAGACUUGAGAGUGAUGUUCGCAAUGCCUCGGUGUCCUCUCUAAAUCCUGAUGCCGUCAACGCCACUCAUCUAGCCGACGAGAAACCGGUGGCUGCCGGCAAUGGCGUCUCCGUCAUAAUAUCUUUCGCAGAACCCGUUUUGUUCCUGCAAGGCUUUGAUGCCAAUGACCCUACCACCCAUACCACCACAAUGCUUCGAGGGAGUCUAUUACUCAGGGUGCAAAAACAAGCCAAAUUGAAGUCCAUAUCCCUCAACUUCAAGGGCAAAUCUGAGACCGAGUGGCCUGAGGGCAUCCCGCCCAAGCGUGUCGAGUUCCGUGAUACAACAACCAUCAUGAAUCAUACCUGGUCCUUUUUCAAUGCCCAAUUUCCCCAGGCCGAGCACAGCUAUGGUGCAGAUAUUGUCCAGCUGCAGAAGGGCCCAUCUGUUGAAUCAAAAGAACUUGGCGUCACCACUUCAUCAUUCGACAUUUUCCAGAGGAGUUCGUCUCCAGCCAGAGGCCAAUCCUCUCGCGAGUUGAAGCGACUUUCCCUCCAAGCCAAUCAGUCUAGAAGUUUUGGGAAAGGAGAAUCCAUCAACGGCGGCCCCACUGUCGCACAAAGAGGCUUCAAAGUCUUCCACCCUGGUGACUACAUCUAUAAUUUCGAACUUCCGCUAGACUCGAGAUUACCAGAGUCAAUCAAUGUUGAUCUUGGUCAUGUCAAAUAUGAACUAGAGGCCCUUGUUGAACGCUCAGGCGCCUUUCGUGCCAAUUUGGUCGGCACCAAGGAACUCACCUUAAUCAGGGCACCAGCCGAGGGCUCUCUGGAACAAGUGGAGCCCAUAGCCAUCUCGAGAAUUUGGGAAGAUCAGUUACACUAUGACAUUGUCAUCUCGGGAAAGUCAUUUCCCCUGGGUUCUACCGUACCCAUAGCCUUUAAAUUGACUCCUUUGGCCAAAGUUCAGUGCCAUCGCAUCAAAGUCUUUGUCACAGAAAACAUCCAAUAUUUUACAAAUAACAAGAAAGUACACCGUCUCGAGCCAACAAGGAAGGUCCAGCUCUUCGAGAAGCGUGCAGACGGUCACAGUGUGACCUCAUAUCCUGGAAGCUCAAUGCGGAUACUGGCGGGUGGUGGCGUUCCCUACGACUACCGUCAGGCGGCGGCUGCCGGAGAUGAAGAUAUACCCAGGGACCAAACCAAUCUCCUUGGGAAUCUGGAUAACGACGCAGGAAGUAUUGGUCCUACUGAGAUGGAGUUUAAUGUCCAAUUACCAAACUGCCAUCAAAUGAAGGAGAAGCUCCGUAGUGAGCGACUUCAUUUCGACACCACAUAUUCCAACAUCCAGGUCAACCAUUGGAUCAAAAUUGUGAUGCGACUGUCUCGGCCCGACGAGAAUGAUUCAGCCAAGCGUCGUCAUUUUGAGAUCUCCAUCGAUUCGCCUUUCAAUAUCCUCUCCUGCCGAGCGACCCAGGCGAAUAUUUCACUGCCAGCUUACAGCGCAGGCCUCGACACCCCCUCUCCCGCAGAUGAAUUUGAGUGUGGUUGCCCGGGAGCCGCUCUUCGAAGACGUAGCACUCCUCCUAUUUCUCAAAAUCAAGUUCCUACUCUUACCAACCCGGUUCCUAACGGGCCCAAUGUGCAGCGCAGCUGGACCAAUGAUACCGGAGGUCUAACGAUGCCGACCCAAGCCCAUGUGCACAACGAUCCCAAUGCUGGACAACCUAGACCUAUGCACUUGCUUCGGAGUCCGUCGUUCAAUCCGCCACCGUUCAACGAUGACGACCCACCCCCUCCACUUGUGACACCACCACCACACUACGACAACAUCAUCCCCGGUGAUUCCAACAGCGCUCUAGCUGACUACUUUGCUCGAUUGGCGGAUGAGACAUCAGACGAGGACGAUCGUUUAGAUCGAUCAAGGGUAGACCAUCCGCUCACCCCAGGCGGAAGGGUCAACAGGAGUAUGGACAUACCGCGAAAUUGGCUACCACUUGGUGGUGCACCAGGUACGGCGACGCCCACUCAAUCAGGUCUGGCAUCCUCUGCCUCUGUUGCUAACCGAGCCUGA